CUCUAGUUUCGAACUAUUGAAUCACUGACACCAUACCCUGUGCUUCCAAACGCGUCUAUCCGUUACUGCAUUUCUAUUCAUACUCUUGAUUGGAUCUUUGAACAAUGGGAGGAGUUACCAUCGCACAUCAGCCCGUGUUCACGAAUGACGAUUCUUUUGCUACUACUUAUCCCUCUCAUAAAGCUCAGUCUUCGGAAACAGCCAUGACCGAGGAGCAGCUCAACGAGUUAUUGUCUACUGGCAAUCCUUGGCCUGUGGAAGAUUUGACAGGUGAAGUCCAAGAAUUAUUGAUGAGGGAGUCUAUGGCUUCGUGGCUUCAGCCUUGGCCUACCGAGAACGAACCAAAUCUCGACGGAUUUGACGCUCAAAUGUACGCUCAAUCUGUACAGUUUGAGGAUCUUUUUGGCCAAGAUGAGCUUAAUUUCGAUGGUGCCGCACCAUCACCUUUUUACGAUGAACUUACAUUUGUCACCGACGAUACCAGUGCUCCUACCUCAUCCGUGGAUUCUUCGCCCCAUGAAAGUCCUCAAUUGCACCCAAUGGGUACGCCUGGCGAACCUUUGUUGAUAAACGAAGCAGUACCAGAGCCUUUGGAGGUUUUAACCGAAAAAACUGUUGAAGAUGUUGAGGCUCCUCAAGACAAACAACUCGACACUUCAGAAGUCGUACCAGUCUCCAACUUGAAACGUCGCAGAAGUUCGAGUAGCUCCUCUUCUUCAUCGGAAAGCAGCGAUUCCUCAGAUGAUGAAUCCGAUUCAGAAGAUGACGAAGAUGUUAUCCCUACCACAGUCGCCAACCUGAGCAAUCGUCGUCGUCUCAGUUACUCUUCGGAUGAAUCAGAGUCAGAUUCUGAAUCAUCCUUUGGUCGUGGCAAUCACUCUUCUUUGGCCGUUCAACCCAAUCAGUACUUAUACAUGCACAAACGAGAGAUCGAAGAAACUUUGCUGGAUAAAAUUACCAACCAAUUGCACGCGGAUCGAUUACCGGGUAUUUUGACUAUUCUGUCAUCCGAAAAUGCAGGCCAGCAAAACGAUGAAGUCGAAAUCGAUCUCUCCUGUCUUGCUCGUGAACAGCUCGUUCGAUUGCUGUCUUAUGUGGAAGCAUGCAUCCGAGAACAACAUGGUGGCGCUGUUGUCGACAUUUCUGACUACAUUGCUCGCGAUGAACCUAAGCGAAAAGGACCUCGAACUCGUCCGGCAAUUCAGAAGCAAUUAGUGGAAGAUGAUGUCUAUGCUGAAUCGACUCACCCAGCACGCCGUCAGCCACGAUCCCGUAAAUCGAGACAGCCCAAGCGAACCAAGUCUCGUGCUGAAUUGACUGAAGAUCUCGAUGUGGAUGAUGAGUCUCAGGAAGCUGGUACAACCAUGUGUAACAGACCUCAUGCUACAAAGCACAAGGAAGGCCCGAUCUCCAUGGCCUCUCUGUCCAAACGAACGGCUGCAAAGAAAUCUCGAGGAACUCGCAAAUCAAAGACCGUGCGUCGGAAACGAGGCAGCCAUGACGAUGCGGAUGACGAUGUGGUAGUCUCUUCGGUCUCUGUCGCGCAAGAUCUCGAAAGCAUUGCUAUUUCAAGACCGAAACGACGAGCCGCACUUCACAAGCGACGAUUAUUAGAAGACAUGCUGUUGCCGUCUGAUAACGAGGACGACAAUGAUGGUGAAGAAGAAGAGGUGCUUGUUCUGUUUAGCGAUGAACAAAUGGAUUUUGCUGUCAUCGACAAUCAGACAAUUGUCCAUCAAUCGGAGCGAGCUGUUGAAGAGAAGCCCUUACCUACAUCGGUGGCCCUGGUAUAUGACGACGGAGUACGGGAAGACUCCGAGAAUGAGGAAGAGAUCGAUAUCAUGAUAUAGACCAAAUCAAUCAUCUCAUUUCUUUUUCCUUUUCUUUUUUGUUUUCCACUCAAAAUCAUCAAGCCAUGUACAUUCAUUUUUGUAGACUUACUUCAUCUUCAUUUUCUUUGCACGCUAGUAUUCUAUUUUUAAAAAAUCUACCCAUCAUCAUCUCGUAUAUCGUGUAUACUACUCCCAUCAGCAAAACAAAAAUAAAAAAAAAAUCUGGCAUUUUUUUCAUCCCAAGACUGCUAUUUUUCGAUCGCCGCAUCAUUC